AUGUUGAAAGAGGUUUUCAUAUGUUAGAAUUGUCAAAGAACCCAAGUACAUGAAUAAAUAACUCAUUGUAGCACUGUGAGGAUAGUUGGUGCGUUCAUACAACUCAGAACUAGAGCCCCAACUUAUCCAACCUAAAUAUCCUUUGAUGUCCCAGUCUGAAUUCCCAGUUGUCUUGAACCAUAUAUCACAUGAAUCACAUUUAUAUCUUGAGCUAGUUGGUAGAGCACAGCACUUGUAAUUCAGGGGGAAGAAGGCAGGAUAGAACUGCAUGCACUCACUACUCUAAAUCACUUUUGUUAAGAGUGGCUGCUAAAUCACUUAGUGAAUGGGAGUUAUAUUUAAAGUAUGUUAAUUGUUUUAGGGUUGAUAAUCCAGUAAAACUGAUGUGUGCCUUUGUUAACAACAAAAUUGUUUUUCUUUACAAACUAGUUAUUUUGCACUUCUGAAAGCAGUCCUUCGAAUCUAUUGACAUUGUACAUUCGAAAUUAAAGUGCCUUUGGUAAAAGACUGGGUGAGGACUGAUUACUUUUUAGGUUAAUUUGAUUUUAAACAUUUCUGAAAUUUUUAAAGAUUAAGUGCUUCUCGGUUGAAAUGUCUCAUGUUAGCUAUCAUCGUUUGUCCGUAACCACGGCUUUUAUUUUGGAAGAGAAUUUCGAACCGGAAGAUCUUGUGUCGUAAGCCAUUCGAGUUUGUUUCGCAGGGCCAUCGGAACAACCACUUCAAAUGCUAGCGAGCUAAUUACGUUAUACAUAAGUUAACUAGCCAUCUAGUUCAACUUGACCAAUAACAACCACGAUUUUUAAGUGCGUUGUCAUUUUGACACACAAAAAUGUCAAUGUUGCAAGGACAGAUUGGGUCCAUUUUGGAGGUAAUGAUCAGCGCAACUGUUACAGAAAUUGGCAAAGUUAUCGAAGGUUCUACCUCGCAGAAAUUACGGCCUGAAGUGCUAACAACAGAAGAUAACGCAAAUGAAACCCAAAACCAACAGUUGAUCCAGUUAACCACUUUCAUGGAGACACUGGCCAAGGAGGCUGUGGAAAAAAUCUGCAAGGUAUUUAAUGAGUGCUCCUCUGUCCUGCGUCUGGAAGUAUCUCAGAGUCAAACUGAUAAUGCAGACUUGAAGAAGAGAUUAGACGCUGUUGAGACAGAACUGAGGACUGUCUUAGAAGGGAGUGGGGGACAAGAGAACACACCAGACAGUGGCUGCUGCAGUGAAGUCAAGAUCAUCCACCAGUUAAAAGGCACGCAGCCAGGUUUCUGUGCUGGUGAAUCAGAAGUGAAAAGGUCCCCUAUCCUUCACCUGUGGAAAGGGAGGGUUCCCUCGUGCGUUAACGAGCACUUAAAUGUAGAGGACAGGAUCCAAUCAGUAAUUAUCAAAGAAGAAGGAUUAGAAGAUUACCUCUACAACAGCACUUCAGACCCAAGUCACUUUAUAGAGAGUCAGGCCCGGGAGCUAAGUGACCCAGAGAACUCCAUUGAGAACCCCAAGGACAAAGGCAGCCCUGCAUCAGCUGGGCCAAAGCGUCAGAGGAAGCCGAAGAUCUCUGGCGCCCGUCGGGGAAGGCCCAAAAACGAUAACCACCUCAGCUGCAAGCACUGCAGGAAAACCUUCAGCAAACUGAUCCACCUGAAAGCCCACCAGGCCAUCCAUGCCGCGGCAGAGAAACCUUUCAUUUGUCCGCAGUGCGGACGGGGUUUCUCUUUCAAACGCAGUCUGCAGGCGCACCAGCUGCUUCACACUGGGGAGCGGCCCUACACCUGCGACGAGUGUGGCAAAGGCUUUACCCUGAAGCAGCUGCUGAAGAACCACCAGAGGCUCCACGCCGGGGUCAGGCCGUUCCGCUGCGACGAGUGCGGCAAGAGCUUUAACCGGGCGCACGGCCUGAAGAUGCAUCAGAUCGUCCACACGGGGGAAAGGGCGUACAGCUGCGAGAUCUGCAAGAAGAGUUUCAGCAUCCCGGGAAACCUGCACCGCCACCAGCGGAUACACACCGGCGAGAAGCCCUUCCGCUGCGACACGUGCGGCAAGAGCUUCAACCAGGCGGACACCCUGAAGGGCCACCAGCGGAUCCACACGGGCGAGAGGCCGUACAGCUGCGAGACCUGCGGGAAGUGUUUCAUUCAGCGGAGUGCGCUGAAGAUGCACCAGAGGACCCACGCCGGGGAGAGCGCCUUCGUCUGCGUGGUGUGCGGGACGGGCCAGGCCUGCGUCAACUCUCUCAGGACGCAUCUUCAGACCCACACGGCGGAGAUGCCCUGCACCUGCUCCGUGUGCGGGAACAGUCUCAGUUCGCUCACUCACCUCAAAUCGCACCAGCAGCUCCAUACUAUGGAGAAGCCGCAUAGCUGUGGCCUAUGCAACAAGAGCUUCAAGUCGGUCAGUUACCUGAACAUUCACAUGAAAACUCACACGGGGGAGAGGCCGUUCACCUGUGACGUGUGCGGACGGAUGUUCACUCAGCACAGCAGCCUGAAGACCCACAUGGCAAUCCACACUGGGGAGAAACCGUUUAGCUGUGAAACGUGCGGGAAAUGUUUCAGCAACACUGGGAAUCUGAACAGACACCAGCGGAUACACACUGGGGAGAAGCCUUUCAGCUGUGACCUGUGUGGGAGGAGCUUCAACCAGGGCAACAGCCUCAAAGCCCACCAACAAAUCCACACAGGGGAGAAACUAUACAUGUGUGACAAAUGCGGGAAAAGUUUUUCCUAUCUGAGGAAUCUAAAAGAUCACAAGUGUUACUAUAUCUAAAACCAACAGGCAUGGCCUCGUAUUGCAAUGGACCACAGUUUGUUUGAACAACACUCUCUGCAUUAAAAAGACAUUAGGUUAGUGAUUUGCAUACUAACAUUAUAUAAAUGUACUGAUUGGUUGCCAAGAAAGCCUUUUUCAGAGUGUUUAAUAAAAAAAAAUAAAGACUUGUUUUAGAAAUCUUUACCAGGAUUAAAAAUGUAUUACCAGUUGCCUUUGUUGGGAAGAACUCAGUGGAUUGGUUGGUGGUGUCAGUGUAGAGUCACUGUUCUAUAGAGCAGAGCCUAAUUUAUUUGAGAAGAACCCUUGUAAUUUUUCUUGUCUUGUGUACCUUUUUAUUACUGUUCUCUCAUUUGUGAGCCAAUGGUAAAUAAAACCUGUGAAAUAUAA